AGGUUCCACUGCCAAGAACCUGGAUGCAAGGAGGGCAAAGAAAUAUGGCGUGAUUAGUGGCGCCUGUAGUGUUGGAUGCUUGAUGUCUUCUUGUCGAAAACCUUGGCGGAGAAUCUCUACCUAUUCCAGUAUCCUGUGCGCCCAGCCACCUUGCCAUAUGAUGACGUUCCACAUCUAUCUGCUCGUAUGAAGCCGAAGCAGCAAAGGGUUGAACUUGAGUUGUCUGUCAAUACAGGAGCCAAUAGUUACUGUCGCAGUAAAGGAGAACAGUUGGCACUUAACGUGGAUGGAAAUGACCCCGGGGAAGGCUCGUUUUAUUCAAGUGAUGUUAUGGACAAGUAUAUGCUCUCGUCCAGUGCUAAUGUUGUUGACAUGUCGAGAUAUGCAGUUGGAAUGGUCAAGGAAGGGGAGUUGCAUCUUACACCAUUGCAUGGAGUCAUGCAGCUGAAGCCUAGUUUUGGUUAUCUGGAUCAGGCAGACACCCGGCAGGAGGGUGCUGGGGGAGCAGGGGAUGCUGGUGAUGAUGAUGAAGAAGAAGAGGUGGCCAAACCAGUCCAGGUGAAGUUUGGCCGACCAGAAUCCGAGGAGGCUAAAGCCAGGCGACUUGCGUCUUAUCAAUAUCUCCACAAGACACAAGAGGAAGAGCAUUGGGUCAAGUGCAAUUUCAACUCGGCUGAUUCAGAAAAGUCAAUGACAGAUAUGGACCAGUUGUUUUCCAACAGAAGUCGGGAAGUUUUCGAAUUUCACAAAGAACCUCAGGACUAUCUCAAAGAUCUCAUCCCACCGGAGUCGGACAAAGAGUUGGAGAAGCCAGCGAUGCCAACCAAUGUAUUAUCUAUGACACAGCUGAAGACAAUGACUCUUGGUGACCAAAUAAGAGCAUUGCUCACCAAUGCUAAAGUGAUCAAAUUCAGUCAGUUGAUGGCAUUACUGCCACGAGAAACUGACCCAGUAUCUUGUCUACGAUCUCUACAGCAGGUGGCCAUGCUAGUCCAGGGUUGUUGGGUCGUUAAGAGUGAGAUCUUGUAUCCUAAGGAUACGUGCAGUCCUCAUAGUGGUAUACCUGCUGAGGUGCUAUGUCGUGGUCGAGAUUAUGUGAUGUGGCGUUUCACCCAGAAUCGCGUUGUUAUGAGAAAAGAUAUAUCGUCUGUCAUUAAGUUACCGGCAGAAGAUGUGAAGGACCUCCUUGAUCAGAUGUCUCGUAUCAAGAUCAACCUCGGCUGGGAGUUCCUCAUGGGUUAUGACAAGGAAUUUGUUGAUAGGCACCCUGAUAUUGUUCAGAGGCAACAGAUGCUCUGGGACGCCAAGUACCAACAGCUUACGAAAGUCUUGAAGAUCACCAAAGAAAUGGAGAAGAAAGUCAAAGCUGAUCACCCAGUGCCGGCCAGUCCACGAAGGAGACGAAGCAGCUCUCGUUCAAAAUCUCGUUCCGAAAAUCACUCGAUAUCCGAAAGUGAUACAGAUGUGGAUAAUUCUUCCAAAAUGGACAUUGAUCAUACAGACUCUAUAACCAAUCAUGUUAAUGGUGAAAAUAGUGCCGUUCCCAUGGAAACUGACAAUGAAGUUAUGCCUUCUGUUGAGUUAAAAACAGAGUUACUUAAUUUUAUACAAGAGAAGUUGUAUAGUCGAUAUGUGAUGACUCUGACAGACGUUAAACGCUUGUUUUCUAUAAAGUUAGCACAGUGUCCGCCGGGCCAUGUACUUGCUGGUGGUGUGCCUGAUAAACUAUUGGAACAAUCUAUAGUAGAAGUAGGAGGAGUCAAAUUACAGAAUCAGUGGCCGCCCAACUCCAAGGAAGAACCAAUGUUUGCCCUGGCUAAAACUGGAGACAAGUUAGACCAGAUCCGUGCCAUAAUGUUGGAUAUGUUUAAAGACAGUUUUAAGAUCCGUAGCAGUGUGCUCAAGAGUCGUAUUGAGUCAGAAUUGUCUAUGAAUGCCUCUGAUAAUGAUAUCAAGAAAUUAUUGAAGGACUACUGUAUAUCUAAAGGAUCACUUUGGUACCUCAAAGGAACAUCAACAGAAUCUUAGCACACACCAAGUCAAGAUGGGACUUAACAUGCCAACGUGUGCUUUCAGUUUGACCCCUCCCUGUACGCAGCCCAUACGCCUUCCCUUUGGUAUAAGCCCCCUUCCCCUUGAUACGUACGUACCAAAUGGAUACUUCCCUACUGGGCAGCAUGGUGUUGCACCUGGCUGAUUUCAAAGCUGGAAAAAAGAAAUUUAAAUUGUUUGUUGAUCAGCUUGACUGUACUGAUGUCUGUAUGCCCCCGUGCUGUAACAACCACAGAAAAAUCAUGGCAAAUCUUUAAAUGUUGUUGUUUUUUCAUUUAAAUGUUGAGUUAUCUCAAGGACCGUAGCAAAAGUUAAGCGGCCAAAAGAAACAUUAUUAUUUGGUUUCCUCCACACCCCUCCUAGCUCCUCCUGUGAGAAUCUUAAUCGAGGAUAAGGGUAGAAAUAGAGCGGUUUGUACUCGGUGAAGUACAUGUACGUUUGUUUUAUACAAUAAAU